AUUGGAAGUUUUAUUCAUUCAUCCAUGGAACUAUACAAAUUCAUCAUAGCUACACUUUGUAAUCAACGUUUAGUUUUAGAGUAGAAGAGUCUGGAUAAGAUCUAUAAAUUAAAAGACUCUUACUAAUACUUAGAUUUUUUUGAGCCAUGUCCCUGCAACACAGUUUUACAUUAUUUCUGCUGGUUACACUUUGUGGAGCAAAACAGCAUGAAAGAUCUGACCAUGUGAUGCAGAUGAGCUCAGAACAGAAGAUUAAUAAAGUCCACCUUAUUUUUAUGAAUCAUCUUGAUGUUGGUUACUAUGAUGGACUGGAUAAGGAUGCAGGGUUUGCUGUGGAGGUUUUGAACCGCUACCAGUCAGAAUACUUUGUGCGAGCUAUCAAUGUCUCCAGAACUUUGAUUAGGCUUGGCUACUCGGAAAGGUUUGUGUACACCACGCAUCCUUGGCUGGUCUCUCUUUACUUGGACUGUCCAGAUAUUAAACUGAUGGGUGUCCAACUAAAGUGCCCCAACAAGACAGAACAAGAUGACUUUAAGAAAGCGGUGAUGGAAGGGCACAUUACAUGGCAUGCUUUUGCUAUGAACAUCCAGACAGAUUUCUUAGGUGCCAAGUUGUUCACAUUUGGGCUUGACCUCAGCAAGAGCCUGGACACCAUGUUUGGUAUACACAGGACUCACGCAACCAUGAGUCAGAGAGAUGUACCAGGUAUGACCAAGGCUGUGUUGCCACUUUUGGCCUCAAGGGGAGUUAAGGCUAUCUCAGUUGGCGUAAAUCCUGGCACAGCACCUCCCGAUGUACCUUCGCCUUUUGUCUGGAAGCUAAGAGACUCGGAUAAAGAAGGUCUCCUGGCAUUUUGGAUAAAAGGAGGAUACCCCUUGAAUCCAGGCCCUGACCCUGCCCACCCUAGAGGCUUAGCUAAAGAGAAAUGUAUCAUAGCUGCUGGUCUGAGUGAAGCAUUGUGUUUUGCCUUUAGGACUGAUAACACUGGACCACCAGUUGAUAUUCAGGAAAUUUUAGGCUACUAUGAAAUUGUUCGAGCUGAGUUUCCAGGGGCAGAGCUUGUAGCUUCAAGUCUGGACAAUUUUGUGAAAGCCCUUGAAACAGUAAAGCCGAGCUUACCUGUACGAACCUUUGAGAUUGGUGACACCUGGGUGCAAGGGGUGACUAGUGACCCCUGGAAGUACAUCAAAUACCGAGCUUUUGUCAGAGCUUGGGAGACGUGCUCGAACUCUGGCAAAUGUCUAGAUAGUGAUCCUCGUAUUCAAGACAUGCUACGCUUCUUGAUUAAACUUCCUGAACAUACUUGGGGAGCUCAUGAUUUCCUGGACCAUGUCAAUUGGACAAAUAGUCAACUAGCAGUUGCCAGACAAUCUGAAGUUUAUAAAACUGCUGAAGACACGUGGAGAGAGCAGCGCCAGUUCCUUGACUUUGCCUUCAAUGCUCUACAGGACCAUCCACUGAAAGAUAUGGUGAAAUCUGAGUAUGAUGACACUUUGGCUGUACUUCCUGAUCUUGGAGGUUACUCUGAUGGCCAAACUGAUGUUGAGUACACAUGUCCUGGUGGUGUGAUCAUUCAAUUUGCCAAAGAUGGGUCUCUGUCAAGAUUAUAUGAUCCUGUCAAUCAGCGAGACUGGGCUAGCCCCUCGGCACCUCUUGGUAAGUUGAUCUACGACACCUUUGUGGAACAAGACUUUAUCAGCAUGGCCAAACUGUACAACUACGAGGCCGGUGUUGGCUAUGACAAACCAAAUGUUACUAAAUAUGGCAAACCUGAGAAGAAGAGAUGGGACGUUUCUGUACUGAACGUCUACAAAAAAGUUAAUACCACAAACUGUGAUUUUUGGGUGAAGGCCACAACUACAGAUAAUCAGACUGUGACCAAGUAUGGAGCUCCUGAAGUGUUCUAUGUCCAGUACUUGACCAACCCAGCAACUAAAGGUAUUGAUGUCACAUUGUUGUUGCUGGGUAAAGUGACCACGCGGCUUCCAGAGUCCAUCUCCUUUGGCUUUUCUCCGUUGAAUUCCAACACAGCGUGGUCACUUAGCAAGAUGGGUCAGAAAAUCGACCCCUGCAAUGUUGUUCUGAAUGGUAGCCAGUAUGUACAUGGUGUGGACACUGGUAUCAGUCUACUGAAUAGCUCAGGUCACGGUCUACAAAUUCUAAGCCGAGACGUGCCGAUAGUUUUCAUAGGCACAUCAGAUAGACAGGACGUCCCUUUCCCAGUGCCACUUCAACCAUUUCAGUGCUCCAGCAUCCAGACAAUGUCUUUCAAUAUCUUCAAUAACAUUUGGAACACUAAUUAUAUAUACUGGUAUCCAUUCAAUAAGGAAGAUGCAGAUAUUAAGACUAAAUUUGCUAUUAAUUUUGUUUAAAUUAUAUAAGUAUAUAUUUUUUACUUCUUUUUCUCAUUGUCAGAUCUUUGCUUCUUUAAACUUCUUGCAAAACGUUGUUGUUUAUUUUACAUUAAGAGAAAUUAUUAUAAUUUGACAUUUAAAAAAGAAUAAAUUUUAGAUUCUAUAACAUCCUUUUACCAACAAAUUUGUACAUAUUUGUAUAUAUAUAAAUAAGGCCUUGUCUUCUAUUCCUUAGGCUCUACUUGAGUGAAGUAUUUCACAUGACUACAUAAACCCAGUGGCAACCUGCGUAUUUUGCCACACAUAAUGUAAACAAAGCAGUGGUCCACUAGAAGUUUAAGUUUUCUUUUCAUUGGCUGUGUCUGUCUUAGGCAAGGGCCAUGUGACCUUCAUUUCUGCUCUCCUGCUGUCUCUUUUAUUUCAAUACUUUGGUAGAGGUGAAGGACAAUGUAGAGGGAGGAGUAACUCUUCUGUCUUAGAAAACUUUACAAAAAUGUUUUCCCUUUUAUUUAUAAUUCGCGUUCAUGUAAAUAUUUGUUCUCCACCUUAUUUGCAACUAUUUUAUGGAGUCACACCAUCUCUACUUAGAUUUCUCCUAGUCACAUAAUUUAAUAUAGCUACAUUGUGUCAUUGCCAAUCAGCUUUGCAAAACUGCCCUCUUUCACAUUGCACCAUGGCCAAUCAGCUUCUCAGAGCUGCUCUGUUUUCAUUGUGCUUACAAAAGUAGCUACUCUGUGUGCUCAAGAAAGAAGAAAGCAGAUGGUUCUCUUUUGUACCCCCUAUUUCUGCCAUCAUUGAUCAAGUUUUGUUUAUAAAUAUUUGUUUCAAACCUGGUCUCUAUUUUAUUGCAUAAAGAUACAUAAUUAGUAGGACUGUAGGGAAUCAACAAUAACAAGAUUUGAAUACGUUUCACAUUUCAUUGUGUUGUCAUUGGCUUUAUAGUUUUAUCAGAAAGCUUUUACAGUUGCUGUUUCAAAGCAUGAUAACUAAAAAGCAAUGCAUACAAAUUUUGAUCUAUUUAUACAAAAAUUAUGUUUUUGAUGUCUCUGGAAAUGUUUGGUGUAUGGUUACUUACACAAAAUUGAAUUUCUGUAUGUGUUGUGUCCGAGAAAAUAUCAUUUCAGUUUAUUCUUCUGACUCUGUUGAGGAAGUUUCAUUAGAAGUGUAGUAUAUUUGCAAAUGUUUGGUAUUUUUUGCAUCGACCACAGAUUUUGAUAUUACCGGUACCCUUGGUUUUUAUGGAUGUUUUUUUUUUUUAAUUCUCUGUAAAGAAUCUUAAAACCAAAAUAUAAAUGUUGACUGCCACAAUGCAAGAAGUUUGAAAUUACGUUUGCUUUGGUUUCAUAUAUAAUUGAUGUAAAGGUAAUACUUGUCUGUAUGUAGUAUGCUGUGGUAUGAGAUCCAUGUUUAAUUUUUUUUGUUGUACUAUUUUUAGAAAUAAUAUAACAUACAUAAUACUUUUUUUUUGAAGCAUGAAAUCUGAACCUGCUACAUGUUAGAAGUGAUGUAUUUUUUAAAUAUUUUUUUUUCUACUGCCAAAAUACAUUUUUUCAUAAUUUAUUAUUUAAGAGUUAUGUUUGAUGAGUGAAAAGCAAAAUAAUAAUUUUUUAAAUAUGAAUUGAUCUGAAUCCUCCUGGAAAACAAAAUGACUUAGCAGAGUUUAAGUCUUUAAUCAACAUGCAGGACUAGAUUGCGAGUUUAAGAUUUAAUUAACACAUGACUAGAUUGAUACAUACAUGGAUUGUGCAAGACAGUGGUUCCCAAACUUUUUCCUUGACAGGUCACUUCACUCACACAUUCUGAGUAUUUUGCGUAACAUAAUUUUACUAUUUUUUUUUAGAUUGGAUCUUGUUUCCAUUUGUUUAAAAAAAACAACAUAUUAAAUCUAUAAAUUGAGCUUUACUUUUCUAGUAUAAAAAAUAUAAAUAUAUGUAGAUAUGAUAUUAUAAAUCUGAAUUCUAAAUGUGUUGCGUCAAGUCUGUUUCCUAACUUGGCUUUGCUGGAUCAUAAGUUAAAAGUUCUGUACUGCAUUCUAUAGUAUAGAUUCACAAUCUAGAUCAGUUCAAACUGAUGUUACAGAAUUUAGUUUGUUAUCAAGAAGUAAUAAAAAUAUUUUUUUCCCUUAAUUUACUUAGAGAUUAAUUCAAGUGGUAGCCUGGUUAAUUUUUUUAGUUCAUGAAACACUUAUUCAGGCCUCACCGAACACUGAGAGUUCCGCAGAACACAGUUUGGGAAACACUGGUAUAAGACAUAGUUAUCUUCUCUUUUGAAUGGACAUUUGUAAUUUAUAAGACAAGAAGAUCUGGUCUUCUUUUAAAUAUUGAUAUACAAAUUAAGCCUUUCUUGUGUGUAUUGUAUUAGAUCUAAAUACAUUCCAUCACCAAAUCAA